AUGGGCUUGGUCGUCGCGCUCCUGCACGGCUUGCAGGUGGCGGGCGUGCUGCUGCUGCUCCUCCACACGUACGGCUGGUCUGUCGCCGCCCGCAACCGCCGCAAGUCGCUCGAUCGCCUCCGCUCGCGUCGCCGCGCGUCCGGCGAAAAGCACCCUCAACGCGCGACGCUAGCGCGCGGCCCGCAGAAAUCUGGUGGGGGUCCUCGCUGUACUGACGCUGGCGGUGGUGAUGGCGGUUCCGAUCCGCGAGCCCGAGCGAAUCCUCGUAGUGGUAACACGGCGGGAAACGCGGAGAGCUCGCGCUGCCCGCAUUGGCCGGCGGUGGCGGUGGUGAUGCCGGUGCGCGGAUUUCACGCGCACACGGCGAGCAACUGGGCAACGCACAUCACGGCGGAUUAUGCGGGGGCUAUCGAAUUUCUCAUCGUCGUGGAGAGCGAGGCAGACCGUGCGUACGGCGAGGCGUGCAAGCUCGCCGCGCGUUUCAACGCUGCGCAUGAAGGGGGGACAGAACGGAGAGCGGAGGGGGAGGGAGGGAGGGGGCAAAAGGAGGAAGGCAGGGGGCAUGGGGCCGCAGGCGGAGGGCAGGGGAGAGAAUUGAUGAACCCAGGGGAGGCGGUUUGUGGAGGGGAGACCCAAGCAGGUGAAUGUGACAGUGCUCGCAGGCAGCAGGGAGAGGUGCAUCUGAGGAAGGUUCGUGUGGUGGUAGCUGGCACCUCCACCACAUGCAGCCAAAAGAUCCACAAUCAGCUGGCCGGCGUCGCUGCCGCCCGUCCAGAAGCAGAAUUUGUCCUUUUCCUGGACGACGACGCGAGAAUGUACCCAGAGGCGAUCACUUACCUCGGAUGUGAGAAGCGGGAGCAGCAGGCUGGUAGCAGCCUUCCCUGCAAAGCCCCGGACUGUGCACUGCGACUAAGGCUCAGCAGCCUCAAAGCCAACAGUCCCAGCACCCCCAGCAACCCCCAUUCCCCCGGCAGCCCUGGCAGCAGCGACCCGCCCAUGCUAGCGCCAGCCUACGCGCUCCUAGCCCACCCCUUAGACGCCCACUUCACUGCCGGUCAGUUCUGGAGCUACCUGCUGCGGCAGUUGUUUGCACUCACCACGUACUUCUCCCCGCUCAACCGCCGCCUCAACCUCUGGCUGCUGCUCAUGGGAAUGGCCUUUAGCUCCGUCAUGACUGCUUCCAUCGCCAUCUCCCUGGUGUUUCUCGCAAAGCAUGUGCUGCCGUGUGUGGCCGGUUCUGCUGCUGCACCCGUAUUGGCUGGGGUUCAGUUGGUAGGAGCAAGAGUUCAGCUGGUUGGUUCGCUUUUGGCUGCUCCCGUGUGCUCGGCUCCUGUGGUCGGUCUGGUUUGCCGUGUGCUGCCGUUCGGUGCUGCUGCUAUGGCACCGUCGCGGACUGGCGAAGCUGUAACAGGAGCGGCAGCAGCAGCAGGAGCGGCAGCAGCAGCAGCAGCACCAGGAGGAGCGACAGCAGCAGCAGGAGGAGCAGCAGGUGCUGCCACUGAUGCAUCUCCUGCAUGCCCUAGUGGGCGUCUCACUCGCCCUGUUCCACUUCGCCUCCUUUGCCCUCGCCUCUCUCGCCCUCCGUGCCAUGAUUGCCUCGCACGUGCAGACCUGCCGCUUUCUUGA